CUCAUGGAUUUUUCUAUAAGACGUUAACAGCCCAAGCCACUAAAAGAGCUUAUUGCAAAAACAUUGGCAAUUCAUAAACGCCAGCGCCAAAGCGCCAGCUCGCUGACAUCUCUGGUGCCAGCUAUCGUAUAUGUACGGGUCAGAACACCUUCACCGCCCCCAUCGCUGCUAGGUAGGGCUGAGUGCGCGCGUCCUCGCUUUUGUCAUCUUUUUUGAUCCACGCGGCUGCUGGCACAAGACUCCAGACGACUUCCGAUUACGGUACUGGAUCCACCCACUGCCUCGGGCACACUCGAAGUGGCUGCCUUGUUACGACUAGGAAGAGCCAACUAGCCCCCACUACCCACUAGCGAGGACGACCUGUUCGAUCUUGGCGUGCGCCGGGCGUCGAGGAUGUCAUGGGAGGACAAAGUCUGCGGGCGCGUGCCGUGAGGAAAGAGGGGGAAAGAGGGAGUAAGACCAAGGUAGCGCGGAGAACUGUCGUGGAGAACUAUCGUGGAGAACUUACGUGUCUUCUGUACGUUGAGCUAUACAUAUGGAAUUUAGCUUUCGACCUCGCUUUUUGCUGUUUGAGUUUGGUCACGUGCCUCGGCGAUCGGAGCCAUUUCUCCGAGACGACGCAAUUCGCUCGUGUCUGCCCACACUCUAAGCGAAAAUCGACUGAGCAAGACCUCACCGACGCCGCUUCAUCCACAAACCCUCAAUCAACCGACAUCAUGGGUAAAGGAAAGCCAAGAGGUCUCAACGCCGCGCGCAAGCUGCGAAACCACCGCCGCGAGAAUCGGUGGUCCGAUCUCUCUUUCAAAAAGCGCCUCCUCGGCACUGCCUACAAGUCCUCGCCAUUCGGAGGCUCCUCCCACGCCAAGGGAAUCGUUCUCGAGAAGGUCGGUGUCGAGGCCAAGCAGCCCAACUCUGCCAUCCGGAAGUGCGUGAGGGUGCAGUUGAUCAAGAACGGAAAGAAGGUCACCGCUUUCGUGCCAAAUGACGGUUGCUUGAACUUCGUCGACGAGAACGACGAGGUCCUUCUAGCUGGUUUCGGUCGUAAGGGCAAGGCCAAGGGUGAUAUUCCUGGUGUGCGAUUCAAGGUCGUCAAGGUCUCCGGAGUCGGUCUCUCAGCGCUGUGGAAGGAGAAGAAGGAGAAGCCCAGGUCAUAGGCGCUUUCUUAGUCCAAGAUUGAUGGUUCACACGAUGGUCGAAGGGAAGCGGUCACAAUGAAGGGGGCAUUGGCCUCUGAGGUUGAAGGAGAUGCUCUGGAGACACUUGGAGGCGUUACAUGGAUUGAUAGUCUGGAAAAGAAUGUUUGCUAAGGCGAAUCUCAUAAAUGCUCCAAGACAACUCUUUCAAUCAACUGGCUGACUGCUCUGAGAUAUGCUGUUCCAUGUAUUAGUGCUCUCGCUAUCCGAUAGCCUGUUAGUUCUGUGAACUCAACACGCGCCUGGGAAAUGAUUUCGCAUAACAAUUGCACAUUCACGUAAUCAACUAUGGACUGCACCUAAUUUCGUACAAAGAAGGAAU